AUGGAGGACGGGACCGUGGACGACGGCAGCGAGAAGGCGCACCAGCAACUCCGCCGGCUGCUACAGGAUGCGGAGCACCGGCAGUACAUCGUGCCUUACGGGCAGACUGUGAAGGAGCCUGAGCCGACAGUGGCGGUGCCCUUGUCCGAGUACCGCGACCUGCAGGAGGUCGCCAGGCUGCUGCAACGCCACCCCCUGAAAGACCGCUUCGGCCGCAAAAUUCCCGUCGUCCACGCCAAGCCGGCGCCGCCCCCGGUCCUCGGGGACGCGCCGGAGCCGACGCUGGCCCAAGUGGAGGCCGAUAUGAUGGGCCUCUCGGCUGCCACCCACCCCCACCUCGCGGCGCUCGUCUCGAGCCUCAUCAGAUACAGCGCCGCCGCCGGGCGGCCGCACCCCAAGAACCCCGUCGCGCUCGUCCACGAGGCGGCGCAUGCGCUGUCCUGCUGCCUCGACUACACGUUCGAGCCGCGGCCGGCGCCUGCGGCUGGCUUUGCCGUGUCGAUCUCGACGCGACCCGUGCCCAACAACGUGCCGCAGACGCCCAGCAGGGAGCGUGCCAAAGAGGCGCUCGGCCUGCCUUUCCCCAGCACCGACGAGGCGGCCGCCGUGCUCGGCCGCGCCGCCGGCGAGGGGCCCAACAAGCGCGACGCCAAGAACGCGGCGUCGGCGGCGAUGCUCGAGCGCGCGCUGGCCGCCAAGCCAGGGCUGGCGACGCUGACGUGGCGGGCGGCGGUCACCAACUUCCCGCUCGCGCCGGAGAGGUGGAGCGCGCCCCAGCCGGCCGGCGCCGGCGCGGGCGCCGCCGGCGGGGCUGCGGCGGGGCAGAACCAGGACGCGGCGCCGCCAAAGGAGAAGAAGACGCGGAAGCAGCAGCAGAAGGCGGCGCGGCUGGAGGAGCAGGAGGCAGAGCGGAAGAGGAAGGAGCAGCAGCAGGCGGGGGAGGGGCAGCGGGAGGGGGGCCAGCAGCGGCCGGCGCAGCCGGGCCCAGCAGGGCCACCGGCGGGCCAGAGCCAGCAUCGGCCGGCUCCGGUGGAGCAGGAGGUUUUGCAAGAGGGCGACGGCAGCACAGACACCGACGCCGGCGGCGGCGGGGCCGGCGGCGGCGGCGCCGUGGCCGCGCGGCUCAAGGCGGCUGAGCUGCCGCUGCUGCAGCGGCACCUGCUCGCGCUCGCCGCGCGGCAGCCGGGCGCGCCGGCGCCAACGGCGCUCGCGCUGCUGAACCAGUACGCGCCCGCGGCGAUGCUCGAGGUGGAGUAUGCGGAGCACAUCAAACACAACGGAACCACCGCCCAGACUUAUGAGGCGACCGCCGUCGUAAGCACGCGCCUGCAGCGCCAGGAGGUCGCGCGCGGCGCCGCCUCGGCGCGCGGCAAGCGCGACGCCCGCCAGCUGGCGGCCGCGGACGCCCUGGAGAAGCUUCUCGCCGGCCACGAGGGCACGCGGCGCGUGGCGGAUGCCGAGGAGUCUGGAGAGGCGGAGCGCAUGCGGCGCGGCAAGCGCGGCGCGCCGCCGCGGGCCAGGAGCGUGCAGGACGCGCGUAUCGAUUACAGCCGGCCCCUGGACAAGCGCUUCAAGCACGGCGGCACAACGGAGGACACCGGCGGCGGCGACCAGCUGGUGCCGCAGCGGCAGAGGUGGGGCGUGGGAUACGGCUCGCAGGCGGCGUGGCAGCAGCAGCAGCAGGUGGUGGCGCCUCUGCCGGCGCAGGCGGCCUUCCUGGGGUAUGCCCAUGGCGUCUCGCAUGCAGCGCCGGCAUCGGGGGCGGCGAGGGCGCCGAUGGUCAUGGUGUAUGGCGGUGGCGCGGCAGCGGCGGCGGCGGCGGCCGAGAAGCAGCUGCCGUUUUACUCAGGCGCAGUCACUGAGGCGCCCGGCCAGCACGUGGUGCAUCCGAGCCAGCAAGCGUAUCCUCAGCAGCAAUAUCCUGAGCACCAGCAGCAGUAUCCCCUGCACCAGCAGCAGCAGUACGCCCAGCAGCAUUACCCCCAGCACCAGCAGCAGCAGUUCUCCCAGCAGCAUUACCCCCAGCACCAGCAGCAGCAGUGCACCCAGCAGCAUUACCCCCAGCACCAGCAGCAGUACCCCCAGCAGCAGUACCUGCAGCAGCCGCAGACCCAGUACCCUCACCAGCAGCAGGCCGUAGUGGCAGCAACACAGGGGCAGUGCGCAUAUACCGCGCCGGUGGGGGCUACGAUGGGGUACGGCUCCUACUGA